GAGCCUGGGGCAGAAACUACUGCCAGCCUGCAAACCGACCCAUUUCUGUGGAUGCAACCCUCUUCGACCAGCAGCAUGACUGUCAGCACUGGUUCCAGAAGCAAGCAGGCCAUGGCUUGAGCAUAAAACCACUGCUUCUGGCCUGCUUUGAAUGUGUUUUCUAGAAAUGAUGAAUCUGUGGUGGUUCUACAUGAAUACUCAUGAUUGGAUCUGAUUUGUGAGAUGUUUUGAAGGGUUACUGUGGCUUUGUAAUUGAGAUUUUUUUUUCUUCCCCUUGGGAAGUAACUGUUCUUCCCACAACCAUUGUUGUUACCUAGCAACAGGGAACAGCAGACCAGUCACAGGGAUUCUGAAGCUAAGGAAUGGGGAUAGUUGAUGUCUGUCCCAUGGACGGGGUACAUCAGUGGGCCUGACUUGAGAUGGGAGAAUGUUAUAGCAAGAAAUCUGUGGCCCCAGGGUCUGAAACCCUGGAGAGAAUCAGCACCACGUCUACAAGUUCAGAGUCAAAUAUACAACAAAGGAACAAAAAACCGAAAGAGUCCCUGGAAACUGGACAGAUGGCAUUUACUUUGGCUCAACUUGAGGCCUUGGAGAUUUGCCUGAAGGAAGCAGAAGAAAAGGCUAAAUCCUUAUCUGAACAGCUUGCAGCCUCUGAAGGAACAAAAGCAAAACUACUUGAGCAAGUUUCCUGGCUAGAGGAAAAACUAGAGACUCUGACCCAUAAGGAAGACAGUGGGGAACCAUUUGAAAAAAUGGUUCUUGCAAAAGACCAGUGCAUUGAGAAAUUACAAGCUGAAGUGAAAGCUUCCCAAGAGCAACUUACAGCCCAUAAACUAAAGCACAAAAGGAAACUGAAAAAGCUGCAAACUGAUUUGGCAACAGCUAAGCAAGAGGCUGCCAUCACAAUCCUGGAGCUCAAUGAGAAGAUAAGGACUCUAUGUGAAGGGAAGCCAGCCCCUAGAGAAGACAAUGCUCGGGAAGAGUCCUGUGGUGGUCUCCCGCCUGUGGAAGAAGGUGAUCGAAAAAUUAACCUGAUUAUGGAGUUGUCGACACAGGUUUCCCUUCAGACUGAGAAGAUCACCCAGCUGGAAGAUGUUUUAGAGGAAAAGGAAAGGAAAAUUCAGCAGCUGGAAGCUGAGCGGGGAUCCCAGCCCUUCCAAGAAGUUGAGGACACUCCAGAAUGUUUACAAGAAGCCCCAAUUUUCUUUAAUAAUAGUGUCACCCCCGUGGUCUCUGAUGAAGAUAUGUAAGGAUUCCUAGUAAGAAAAAAUAAAUGUUUAUUAAGUGUCGCCAGCGCAAAGUCCAGAACCCAGCUAGUCUCCCCAGUAGCAAACUCAAGUUCAAGAUGAUGGAUUUGAAUAGAUCCCAUAACUUUUGUAUUGGAAGGAAACAAAACAAAGGGGAUUCUUUAGGAGUAAUUCCUGAAUACUUCCCCUUCAGACAUCAGCCAUCAGGUAACCUAUACACUUGCAGAAUACUGUUUUUAGAUAUCCCAGAUAACCAUGGGACAAAGAAAAACACGCAGCUAGACUGACGGUCAAAGAACAUAGUAUCAUUGUCUUAUCAGAGGUUUGUCACAUUGCAAGGUGGCACCAUACCUGUAUCCAUAAGCAGCUCACCUGUGGACAGAAAACUGUCAUGGAAGGCAAGCUUCAAACUGGGGAAAAUGGGGGUACGGAAGAGUAGAAUCAUUGCCAGCAGAGUAAACAGCCAUGAGGUCUGUUUUUUCAUGUCCUCUAGACUAUAUUUCUUUAUGGCAUGUCUCUUAUUAGCAUUUAGCGAGCAGAGAAGUGAAAUAAAAUUAAAGCAAUAAAAAUAAAUAAAGAAUG